UUUUUUACAUAAUACUCUCACCAUUCCAUAAAAAUAAAUAUUUUUAAAAUUUUAUUUGUUUUUCACAUAUUUUGUUUUCAAAUUUUUUUUUGUUUAUUUACCUGUUUUAGUCAUAUUAAAUAGAUAACUACUACAUAUAUUAUUUAUUCUUUUCAAAUUAUAGUAUUGUAAAAAGUAUUUUAGAUAUCAUGUAUUUUUAAAGUACAAAAAUCUAAGAAAAAUCGAAACUGAUAGAAUAUAUAACAGAUUCCACUAUUGUCCUUAAAUUAUUAGGGUCAAAAAAAAUUUAUUAGUUUAAUUUACUUAUAAUUUUUUUUUAUAAUUUGGAAAAUAAUCUAUAACAGAUUACACUGUUUUAAAAUUACUAGGUUGACAUGUUACCUAUGUCAAAGAAAUAGAAGUUAUCCUUUAACUGUUAGGAUUCGAAAUAUUUACAAAUCCUAUAUCUUAGCGGUUUUUAAUUUUGCUAUAUUAUAGGGUUUAGAGUUGUUAUUUAAUUAGCUUACGAGUUACGACGAAGAACAUCACUCGCAAGAUAAAGAACAAAAUCAUGAGCAGUAGUAGCAGUCCUGGUACUCGAAGUUUAUUCAAAACCAUGAGCAGUAGUAGUAACAGCGACACUGAUGAUGAUGAUCUAACAAGAGUGUUACCUGUACAACGCUCUAGGGCAAAUUCUGGUAACCGAUAUAGGUCAAGUUCUGCUGAUCUAAACAGGAGACGUGCUGAGAAAGUUAGAACAGUUUCUACUAGAGAAAAGAAAGAAGAGUCCAAACCGGAACCAGAAGAAGAGAAAGUUGGCGACAUCGUUCGUCUCGGACGGAACAGCUACUUUGUGGUUGACAUCUUCGAGAAGGAGAUCAUGGAGUUGGGAGAUAAGGUGGAUUUAAACUUCAAGAGGUUCAACAAGUUCGAAGCUGUUGAUGGAUGUUGUCCAUGGGAUCAUCACUUCGGCAAGUACAGGUGUUGUUACUCGUCUUGCUGCUGCGUAUGUUCAAUCAGUACCGUUGAGAGGGAGUGGGGGAAGCUGCAGAGAGAGUUAGAGAAGAGAGAUGGUUCUUCCAGUGGAGUCAGCUUCUUUGUUAGAACUUACAACGAAAGAAAAGAGCUGAUGAGAGUUGCUGUAACCGAUCCGAGUCACAGCUUGUUCUUCUUCGACGUUAAGUUCCCUGUAGACUAUCCACACCAAGCGCCGAGUCUCUUCUACCAUUCCUAUGGCCUUCCUUUGAGUAACUUUGAGACACAAAAGUUACUAAAAGCCAAACUUGAUUACAACAUAUUAGAUGUGUUUCUCCACAUUGAAGAGAUUGUGAUGAACAACACCAACAAGUCAUGUCAUCAGAUGCUGGAUACGCUCAAGCGUCCUCUCAAUGGGUUUGAGGAUUUCGUUAAAGGUCAUUUUAGGAAGAAGGGUGCUUUUAUUCUGAAGAACAUGAUUGAAGAGAUGGAUUUGGCAAAGGAGAGGGAUAGAAACAUGUUCUUCAAGACUUAUGUUGCCUUUGAAGACAAUAAAACUUACGGUGAGCAUCUUCUCAACAGUGAUCUUAAAGAAGAGCUGGAGAGGUACAAAGAGAAAGAGUGUUCUCUAAGUGAUCACUACUACUCUUCUUCAUCUUCCUACUUCCAACCCAUUACUAGCAGGUUUGAUGAUAUUCAGAAGACACCCAGAUACAAAAACUUCUUGAACAAGAUCUUUCUCUUGUAGUUUAUCUAGUAGUUGUUUUAUAGGUUUUCUUUGAAUUCUUAAUAAUUUAUGAGUUUCUUUUAUGAGUGACUCUCUUAGGAGACUGUAUUCAUUUGAGAGUUGUGAUUUGGAAACAUUUGAUUUUAGGGUGUUUAUUUUACUGAAACACUAGUUUUAGUGUGUUCUUAGAAGAUUUUAAGUGAAUUGAAUAGUUUAAUAUGA